AUGUCAGAAAUCAACACUACAAACGGCGAUUCCCGUAAGCACUAUGAAAGAACGCAAUCACAGCCUGAGAACCCGUUCGCUGCCCUCAUCCCUGAGCAGCAGCUAGCGAUUGUUCCUGAAUUUACUCUCGAGUCUGGAGUUACUCUUUACAACCUUCCAGUCGCUUACACAACUCGCGGCAAGCUCAAUGAGGAAGGCAACAAUGCCAUGGUCAUUUGUCAUGCUCUCACUGGAAGUGCUGAUGUGGGCGAUUGGUGGGGUCCUCUUCUUGGUGGUCCUGGUCGGGCUUUCGACACCUCGAGAUUCUUCAUCGCCUGCAUGAACAGUCUGGGCAGUCCCUACGGUACUGCGAGCCCAGUGACAGCAAAGGACAACGACCCCAGCAAGGGCCGAUAUGGACCUGAGUUUCCUCUCACAACCAUUCGCGACGAUGUCAACCUCCACAAGCUUAUCCUGGAUGACCUAGGUGUCAAGCAGCUAGCCGCUGUUGUUGGAGGCUCUCUUGGCGGCAUGUUUGUGCUUGAGUGGGCGUACUUUGGAAAGGACUACAUUCGCUGCGUCGUCCCAAUUGCUACUUCAAGCAGGCACAGUGCUUGGGGCAUCAGCUGGGGUGAAGCUCAGCGACAGAGCAUCUACGCCGACCCCAAGUAUGACGAUGGAUACUACUCUUUCGAUGAUCCACCCUCCACUGGCCUGGGCGCGGCCCGCAUGUCUGCUCUCCUCACAUAUCGAAGCCGCAACUCAUUUGAGUCGCGGUUUGGACGCAACAUCCCCGACCCGUCCAAGGUCCAAACCAUUGGCGGCCGACCACGCCCCUCAACUCCAUCAGAGGCGCACUUUCAAAUCCACAACGACGGCCAUGUUGUCAAGCGCACCUCCAUAUCCCAGAGCAGUGCAGCCGAUGCCGCCUCAGCGCCUCAGACACCUGCAGAGCCUGAUGUUGCUGACCCUCAAUUCCAUGGUCCUAGCAACGGUAGUCUUACCGGAGGGGAUAUGCCACAAUCGCACUACUUCUCUGCCCAAUCGUAUCUGCGGUAUCAGGGCCGUAAAUUUGUUACGCGAUUCGACAGCAACUGUUACAUUGCCAUGACUCGUAAGUUGGACACACAUGACGUGUCGCGCAACCGGGCAGAUACCAUUGCAGAUGCAUUGGCUAUGAUUCAGCAGCCCACACUCGUUUUGGGAAUUGAAAGUGAUGGCCUCUUUACAUUUGCAGAACAAGAGGAGAUCGCGCAGCAUGUCCCCAACGCACGUCUUGAGCGAAUCGAGAGCCCCGAGGGUCACGAUGCGUUCUUGUUGCAGUUCGAGCAAGUCAACAACUAUGUUCUAUCAUUUUUCAAGGAAGUGCUGCCAGACAUUAUGUCCAAGGACGGCGCUGCACCUGAGGAAGCUAGUGUUGGGCAGAUUACCAAGUCGAGCACGUUUGGUGAAGCUGAAGUCGAGGACAUCACUGCCUGGUAG